AUGCUAGACUGGAUGUGGACCGGGUCGGCGCAGAAAUCGCGGGCAGAAGGCCAACGUCUCGUCAACUUCCUGAAAUCACCUUUCUUCAGCAAGGAUGACAUCCAGGACUUCGACUUGGAUGUUGAGACUGAGCGGCUGGAUCGACAUUUCGCCACUUCAUCAUCACACGACGGGUGGAAGGAGGCCUCGGUCACGAUUGCCGUUCCGGAUGGGAAGGAGCACGAUUCAGAAGAGGAUGCUGCUCGGUUUAACGUGUCGGGACUGUGGUACCGUCCGCUUGCGAGUGCAAUCAAGGCGGGAAUCGAGAAGGCGGCUCCGAAUACUUUUCAUUAUACGCCAUUCAAACAGUUUUGGAAGCGUUCAGCCGACGCGGCGCCUGAACGCGUUCGAGACGAGAUUUACUCGUCAGAUGCGAUGGUCGAGGCCUAUACCGAGCUACAAAAUCAGCCACGAGUAACCGGCUGCAUGCUCGAGCGCAUCAUUGUUCCUCUCAUGUUUUGGUCGGACUCGACACACCUUGCUAGCUUCGGGGAUGCCGCCCUUUGGCCGCUCUACUUAUUCUUUGGCAACCAGUCAAAGAAUCUACGGGUCAAGCCGUCAAGUAAUAUGUGCCACCAUGUCGCGUACUUCCCAAAGCUGCCUGCUUCCUUCAGCAAGUUCUACCUGGAACUGACCGGAAAACCACCCUCUUCUGAGAUGCUAACCCAUGCUCGCCGCGAGCUCAUGCAUGCGAUCUGGAGAUUGCUGCUCGAUGACGAAUUCCUCGACGCAUAUAAGAAUGGCAUUGUAUGCAUGUGUGAAGAUGGAAUCGAGCGCCGCUGUUAUCCUCGCCUAUUCACUUACUCAGCAGACUAUCCAGAGAAGAUCUUACUCGCUACUCUUCGCAGCCUCGGGGCUUGUCCUUGUCCUCGUUGCAUGGUUCCAAAAGAGCUGAUACCCGAGCUUGGAACCAUCAAUGAUAUGAAGCGGCGUGAGCGACUGGCGCGGGUCGAUGACGAGCACCGUCAAGACAGAAUCUCCCGAGUUCGAAAGUGGAUCUAUUCGUGGGCUUAUGGUAUCAAAGCCAAAGCUGUUGAACGCUUUUUGCAGCCUCAGUCAGAAACUCCGACGUCGAACGCAUUCUCAGAUCGAUUGGCAAAAUUUGGCCUCAACCCUUUUCGAAUGCUCGUUCCGGAUUUCAUGCACGAGUUUGAGCUCGGUGUAUUCAAGUCGUUCUUCAUACAUCUCCUACGCAUUCUUGCAGCCCAUAACCCGCUUCUGCUGGUUGAGCUGGACCUUCGCUUUCGACUGGUUCCUACGUUCGGCCGAUGGACAGUUCGGAAAUUUCCUGAGAGUGUGUCAUCACUGAAAAAGUUGGCGGCAUGGAACUACGAAUGUAUUCUGGUCUGUGCGAUUCCCGUAAUCGAUGGCCUUCUUCCCGAGCCUUACAAUUCAGAAGUGCUCGAUGUUCUAUUCAUCCUGGCCGAAUGGCAUGCCCUUGCAAAAUUGCGGAUGCAUACUGACACGUCGAUGGACAUGCUACGAGCCUCAACGAAGGAGCUUGGUCGUCUUCUUCGUCGAUUUCGUGACCAUGUCUGCCCUUUUUUCGCUACCAAAGAACUGCCGACCGAGGAACGUGCUCGUGAACGUGCACAAGCUCGGAAAAAGGGGAAAUCCAAGGAUACUCAUCGAAAUCGAAAGACUAUGAUGGCUAAAAAUGUGUCAACAACAAAGAAGGAUUACAACCUGUUUACCUAUAAACUCCACGCACUCGGUGACUACAUCGCCAGCAUCCUCUGGUUCGGCACCAGCGACUCGUACUCAACCCAACCUACAUUCAGGGCGAACUUCGAACACCGUCGAGCUAAACGAUUUUAUGCUCGCACAAGUAAGAACCGUGCGGUUGGCCAGAUCGCUCGUCUUGAACGACGGGAGCGGGGCCUUACCAACUUAAUAUCCCCCACUCAACAUGCUCUCUUGGCCAUGAGACGCUCAAAGCCGACACCAAACCGACAACCGAGGAAAACCCUCAAGUCAGAGGACAUGGCUUAUACGAGCCCUGAGCAGCAUUACCAUAUCGCCGCUUCUAAAAGCAAUCCAAUUGCACUAGGGUCGUGGCUUCCGGAGCAUCGCGGAGACCCAGCUACCCAGAACUUUCUCCCUCGUUUGCAUGACCAUCUUCUUGGUCGAUUGCGAGAGCCGGAAUUGACAGAACAACCUGCGAGCUUUACUGAUGCCGACCGUCGUCAGGUUAUUAUUCGGAAUGACCGCAUUUACGAACACAAAGUCUUCCGAGUCAACUACACCACUUACGACGUGCGACGUGCUCAAGACUCACUCAACCCUCGUUACCAUUCCGACAUUAUGACCCUCUCUCCGGAAAACGACAUGACCCACCCCUUCCAAUAUGCUCAAAUCAUUGGCGUUUAUCAUGCCGACGUGAUCCACAAUGUUCCUGGAGCCAACGCUGCCGCCAAACGGAUGGAUUUUUUGUGGGUUCGCCGUUACCGCCUGGAACGAAGCUGGCAUGGACGCGACUGCUUCAAACGACGUCGACUGUAUCGCGUGCAGUUUCUUCCUCACAAUGACCCCAAUGCCUUUGGCUUCAUCAAUCCAGAUGAGGUCAUUCGCGCAUCCCACCUGAUUCCCUCCUUCCAUUCUCCUAAGAUAACAACACUCCUUCCAAUCGACUCUAUCGGGCGGUUACAGCGAGAAGGGUUAGAGGAAGGCGAGGAUUGGGAAUGGUACUGUGUUAACCCGUUUCCCGACCGCGAUAUGGUCAUGCGCUAUCGAGGAUGUGGUGUUGGUCACUUUCGAGUCAAUGUCCCGGUCGAAGCAGAGCCAGCUAUUGCUCACGAGCCAGAGGAAGUCUCUAUACCAGAGCAAACAUUCACCAACCCUGUUGUUCCUGAGCAACCUCCUUCUGCUGUUGGCGACCGUGAAGAGGUUCCUGAGGUAGGGGAGCAGGAUGUUGAAGUGGAAGAUGAAGACCACGGGCCAGGAAACCCGGAUGAUGACGAUGACGAGGACAGUGAGGAAGAGGAUAGUAGAAUGGACUUGGAGGAUGCAGCUGAGGGAGCGGUCCCUAUUUAUGCGGAGGCAGGUGAUGUACCAAUGCCUGUAGAGAUUCUUGAGGGUUAUGCUACAUUGUAA